AUGAGUGAGAGAGGUACCACUUCAUCAGAUUCAUCUGCUGUCCUUUCUUUUACAUUCCCCAUGACUACAACCGGUGACAAAAGUUCCACUUCAACAGAUUCAUCUACUGUUUUAUCUUCUACAGCCCUAAACACUACAAUGAGUGAAAGAGAUAUAAAACGAUGCCUUUUUGAAGGGUGUGAUACGUAUGAGGUAUGUGAUACAUUUAAAGGUGUAUGUAUCUGUAAAGAUGGCUACGAGAGAAGUGAGGGAGAUAAAUGUCACGCGAAAAAUUUCUGCUCUACAACCUGCACAGGUAAACACACCAAGUGCAUGCCGGGAUCAGAUGAAAGUCCAAGAAACAUCACGUGCACAUGUGAAGAAGGAUAUACAAAAAACCAGAAAACAGGAGACUGUGUCCCAACUUUUUGCGAAACGGGAAGACAUAACUGUAAGGAGAACGAAGUUUGCAAGGCCAUAUCUGAUGGAGAUAAAGGCUAUGCUUGUACCUGUAGCUUACCAUUUGUAAAACAAGAUAACAAAUGUGCACUGCCAAACAUAGACGAAUGUUCAGAUUUUGUAAACUGUGGAGUAGGCGGCAAGUGUUUGAAAGUCAACAGCCAGAACAAGUGUUUUUGUCAAGAAGGAUAUGUUCUAGAAAAUAGCAUAUGCAUAGAAUACUGUAACAGUUCUUCGUGGAUGGCAAACCCUCUACGAGAUAUCUGUCCUAGUCAGCACUGCGACGUGGGAACAGGUGGGAACAUCAGGUGCAAAUGUGGCGGUAUCUGGGAAGAAGACAUAGAUGGUUUCAGCUGCAAAUUGAAACCACUGUGUAACGGGGAAAACGAAGGAAAACGAACAUGUUCUCUUGAAAAUGCAGAUUGCAAUUUGGAUGAAACUAUAGCAGAAGGGUUCAGUUGUACCUGUCCAUUUGGAUACAGACGAGAUGCGCUAGGAAAAUGUAAAGCUGUCUGUGCCUUUCACGAAAAUACUGAAAAGUGUCAAAGAUAUUUUGCUGACUGCGUAGUGGAUAGAAAUGGAAAUGCUACCUGCCAGUGUAAGCCAUCUUUCAAAAAUUUCAUAGAGGGCCAACAUUGCCAGUUAGCGGGAGCUGCUUACACCGUUAAACUUACAUUUCUGAAUCGCUACAAUACUUUGUCGUCAGCUCCACCUGGUGUUUUUCUCACAGAAUCUCUUGAUCGAAACCAAUUACUAAAGGACAUUGAGCUUACAAUGAACAUUCAGUACGGCAAAAACUUCCUCAGCACAGUCAUCACAGACGUAUAUUACACAGACAGCGAAGUGCACUGCUCUCUCUCUCUCCAGUUUCAUGAAGAAGAAGAGUCUUUAAAUCGGAUUACGUCUAAUAAUAUCUGUGUAGGAAUUCAAUCAUCUCCAAAUAACGAUUCUGAAACAUCGGAUUACUGUGUCAUACUGCCUAGCCUUGUUGUAAACAGGAAGAAGUUGAAAGGAAGUACGAUAGAACCAAUAAACCAGUGUUUGAACCCAGUAAAAUAUUGUUCCAGCUAUACAAAGUGUGUUAAACAUAACGGAACCAUAGGAUACUCCUGUUUGUGCCGAGAUAACUUUGUUACUCUCCAUUCUUAUGCUCUCGGGAAAGUGGGGAAGAUUGAGUACUGUCAAGAUAUCGACGAAUGUGCUAACCCAGAUGUAUGCCCAAAUUUUACUAAAUGUAUAAAUACAGUGGGAAGCUAUUCCUGCCAAUGUGUGGAGAAAUACAAAGUUAAAAUUUCUGAUGAUAAUCCAAACUCAACAGAGUGUAUAGGUGCGAAAAGGGUUACACCGGCAGUCGAUGUGAGGAAAUAGACAGAUUUCUAUCUGCUACUAUAAGAAAAACGACACUAGUAGGAAUUGUUCUUGGUGUAAUUCUUCUGCAGUGUAUUAUUGGAACAUCGAUUAUUGUUUUCAAACUGAAGAAGAAAAAUAUAUCAGUAAGCCCUGAAUGACUGAAUGAAUAGAAAUAUAUUAAGAUGGCGGAGGGAUAUCUGUGAAGAGUGGGAUCUUUUUCUCUGUAUGAGAGGAACAAAACUGAAGAACACCUGUUUGUACAGAUUUACAAUUUAUUCUUAUUCAUUUCCAAUAUAAAAUGUUCAUCAUCUAUUUUGUGAAGUUCUUGGUUGUUGUGAUAUUUCUAUAAUACCCAUUAUAUCAUCCUAAGUUAUACGUCUCUCAAACUUUAAUAAGCACUUAUUAUUAUACCGAUAAUAAAAACUUCCUGAAAUUUUAUAACUUGAUGUUCAUCAUAUAGUAAUUAGAAAGUAUGUAAUAAUUUUACCUUUUCAUAAAUCUUUGUAAUGCAGAAAUAUUUUUUAGCCUACACGUUUAUCUAUAAAACGAAAUAUCGAUGUGUUGUUCCUUGUUUAAUAUAAGAUAUUGUCAUAUCUAAAAGCCUGUUUCUUGUCCACUGUUUAUUAUGAGACAUUGUCAUAUCUGCAAUCACUGUUUUAUAAACAAGGUAUAUGUAUAUAUUUGUAUGAAAUUGUUAAGAUUGUCCAACAAAAUGCAUCACUGACAAAAUUUCAU